CGUGAGACUUGGGGCAAGAAAGUGGACUUCCUUCUGUCGGUGAUCGGGUUCGCGGUGGACUUGGCCAACGUGUGGAGGUUCCCUUAUCUCUGCUUCAAGAACGGCGGCGGUGCGUUCCUGGUGCCGUACUGCGUGAUGCUGGUGCUGGGGGGCAUCCCGCUCUUCUUCAUGGAGUUGGCACUCGGCCAGUACAACCGGAAGGGCGCCAUCACCUGCUGGGGCCGCCUCGUGCCGCUCUUCAAAGGCGUGGGGUUCCAAGUGGUCUGCAUCGCCUUCUACGUCGACUUCUUCUACAACGUCAUCUUAGCGUGGAGUCUCCGCUUCUUCUUCGCCUCCUUCACCACGGAGCUUCCCUGGACCAACUGCAACAACGAAUGGAACACACGGAACUGCAUCGGCAGUAGUUACAAUGACACGGACGACUACGACCCGGACGACCCAAGCCAGGACUCCAACAGGACCACCACGCCCGCCGAGGAGUACUGGACGCGCGAGGUGCUGCAACUCCAGCACAGCGGCGGCAUCCAGGACCUCGGCAUCAUCAAGUGGGACCUGGCACUGUGCCUCCUGGCGGUCUACCUGAUCUGCUACUUCUCGCUGUGGAAAGGCAUCUCCACUUCGGGCAAGGUGGUAUGGUUCACGGCCGUGUUCCCCUACGUGGUCCUGUUCAUCCUCCUGAUUCGCGGAGUGACACUUCCGGGCGCCAUCCAAGGCAUCAAGUAUUACCUCAGCCCCAACUACUCCAAGAUCUGGGUCGCCGAUGUGAGUCUCGUGGUUGCCUGCUGGUGGGGUGGAUUUUCCCCCCUUUUUUCCAGGAUUGUGGUUGCUUUGGGACUCGGGGCGAACAAUGAGCAGGCGACGGAGGACCCAGCCUCGGCGACGCGGAUCCCACAAGGACUCCCCGGCGCCUCCGAGCCUCCGACGCCACAAUGGACGCCUUGUCCCGCGACCUCAAGCCUUUCUGACGAGUCCAUUAGAAACUACUAA